CUUCAAAUUGGAGGUCAGCUCUCUGAGUUCUCGGUUGUGCAUUUGGAAAUCCGUGCCCGACGACAUUUCGCACGAGCGAAGUUUCAACGCAGCCAGGCAAAAAUAAUAGUGUAAAAUAAUAGGCGAAAUAAGAACUGAAUUAAUUGAAUGAAAAAUACAACUCUAAUGAAAUUCGACGAAAAAAGUGUUUCAUAUUAGCAGAAAAUACUGUCGCCAGUCUGUUUCGGACAAAUCAGAAUGUUUACAAGUAGCGCAUGUGCAUUAGAAAAAACAAGACCCUGGUUUAAAACGUAUAAACUUAUAUUUCGUGCAACAUAAAAGACACUGAAAGCAUGGACGGGAACGGCGUACGAAAAGAUUUUAACUUUCCAAAAAUGGCACCUGAACGUAAGGUACCUAUUCAGAAAUCUGAUUUCCAUGUCCUUGACGAUGAAUUCCACUCGAUCCGAGGUCGCUUCGAAGGCGAGAUGAAGAAGAUGGAAGAGGAGAUGGCGCGAUUGCGAGCCAAGCUGCAAGAGCAGGAGCGAGGGGCUUUCAAGUCCAGUGCAUCUAUUCGCAUGUCCACCACUGAGGAGUCCUCUUCCAGUCACAAGUCCGUUGACCACAGCUCUUGGAUGGAUGACUUCAGCUCGCCGCUCAUUCAGAAUGGAGAUGAUGGCAAGAAUCUCAAACUCAGAUUCGAUGUCAGCGAUUAUGCCCCUGAAGAGAUCCUUGUGAAAACAAUUGACAAUAAAUUGAAGGUGACAGCUAAACAUGAGGAAAAGACUCCCAAUAAGACCAUAUAUCGUGAAUACAAUCGAGAGUUCCUUCUACCGGCUGGAACGAAUCCAGAGCUCAUCAAGUCUUCUUUAUCCAAGGAUGGAGUUUUGACUAUUGAGGCUCCCUUGCCAGCCAUCGCAUCUUUCCGAGAGCGCACCAUACCUAUCGACAAGAUCUAGAUCUUCGUUACGCAGCUUUUGAAGUGAUUUGAGACAACUGUAGUUCUCGCAUGUUAUUCGUAUUGCUAUCUGCAAAUCCUCAAGAUCCUUCUUGUAGAUGACUAGUCCACCGAAUCUCAGCUCUUGGAUACAUUUCAGUACUUUGAUGUACGUACACUAGACAUUGUGAUUGCAUUUCAGCUUCACUAUAUACCAAAUAUUUCCCAACCUACCCAGCACUAGAGAAUCGUUAUAUCUGGGUAGUAUUUCUUGAUUUUCUUACAACCAAUGAAACACAUUGGCCGAUGAAAUAAGUGUUAUUGUAUUGUUCGGGUGGAAACUGAAAAACUUAAAGCUAUUUAGAUUUUAUUUAAUUUCAGCUUAUAAAACGGUAGCUCAGAGAAUGUCAACAGCAUUUUAAUAAUUUCUUCGUAAAACAACACUUGUUAUAUGAUUCACUCUUCGAUUCAAUAAUAUACUUGAAAAGACAUAUCCUUCCAUAUUGAAGAAUUUUAAAAUUUAGAAUAAUUAAUCAAACUUAAAUUCUUCUUAAGAAGUUGUUUAAUGUGUAGUUAAUAGAUGUGGUUAGAUUUUGUGAAUUCGUAUUGGUAGAAAUUAUACUAUCACAUUUUGUACAAUAAAUCUGCGUUAUAAAAUGCAAAAUACAAUCAAAAUUUUUACCAACAAGUGGUUUAUAUAAAAUUCUGUAACUUAUAAUCAAAGCUCCCAUUUGUAUGAAUAUUUCUGUAAUUCUUUCUUUUCAAUCCAUCUUCUUCAACUUGGGCGGAUUUUAGUUGCUAAAUGAAUUUGCUGAAUUGCUUUAGGUAUCAGAUUUAAUUUUGAAUUUCAUAAUUCUGAAAACAGCUCUUGACAAUUUCAAGAAUACUAAUUCAGAUAAUGCUGAUGACAGUUUUUCUAUGGCUGUUUCACUUCUUACGUAAAUUUUUCCACAAAAUUUUAAUUUUUUAUUUUCACAGUAAAUUUUUGUGAUAAUAGAAUGUAUAAGUCAUACAUAUUUUUGGACAAAUUUAUAUUCAUGUUUUAAACGUAAAUUUCGUCCAAAUGCUUUCUUUGCAUCCCAAUGAAUUUUCUUUGGUGAUUUGCUAUGCAUCUAAAUUUUGAAUAAUUCAUUUUAACUUUUUAAUGCCUUUUACUAUCGCAUAACCGGUUUUAAGAUUUAAAUCUUGCAGCUAUUUUAUUGAAUUUUCUAUUUUUAUAUAAAUUUUGUUUUAUAAAACAAACUUUUCUAAAAUAUCUGAUUUCAUUUGUUUCGUGGCAGCGUUUAUGAAUAAUAUAAUCUACAUUUCAAAUUAAAUGCGGCAGAAAAAGAUGUACUAAUGCAUUUGUGCUAGUAUUCCAUUUUAUAUAGUUCCUUUUAGGAAGUUUCAAAGACAGUAUAGAGUAGUUUGUUUUUUAAGUUACAUUUGUGCAUCAAAACUCCCCGCAAUUACAUUUUAAGUUUAUUUGAUAAUUUAUUACUGCUUUACUUAUCAUUGAGAGAAUAUUUCAUGAUUUUCAUCAUUGUGUUACGAUUGCUUGUAGUUAUCAUAUGAAAAUGGUUUGCCAACAUUCCCAUUGAAGAACAUAAUUACGCAUGCGUAGAGUCUUUCAUCUUCGACAAGAACGCUGUAUGCGUGCGUUUUGAUGUAAUAGAUGUAAUAUAUACUUUGAGAGAAUGCAUUAGUAUGUAAAGAAAUAUCUAUCUAUAUAUAUUUCAGAUUAUAUUUAAAAGUGGAAAAAUAAAUUUCUAUGUAUAUUAUUA